AGAACCUUCUACCCUCUUCGAUAAAGCUCGUUUUCCGAUUGAACUCUCUCUCGUUCCAGAAAGCUCUCAACCCGUUGUCAAUCGCAUUUCCGAUUCCGAUACCAUGGCCAAGCGUUUGAUCCCAACUCUCAACCGAGUUCUCAUCGAGAAGCUUGUCCAGCCUGCCAAGACUAAUGCUGGAAUUCUCCUUCCUGAGAAAUCCGCCAAGCUCAACUCAGGGAAAGUCGUGGCUGUUGGGCCAGGGUUACGCGACAAGUCCGGCAAUGCCAUCCCUGUUGCCGUGAAGGAGGGAGACACUGUUCUGUUGCCUGAGUACGGUGGUACUCAAGUCAAAUUGGGGGAGAAAGAGUAAGUUCUAAUAAUUUCCUUAGAGAGCUAUUCGAAUUUAAUUUGUUUUUCUUCUUUUACUUCUAUGUGAUCUGUAUUCCAAAAUUGUGUGUUCUUGUUGGCUUGUUUUCUGCAGGUUCCACUUGUAUAGGGAUGAGGACAUCUUGGGUAUUCUUCACGACUGAUCAUUUAUGCGGGAUAAAUAGAUGUUUAGGGUUCUGUUUUUUUGCUACGAUUGUUCCUAGCGUAACUCUCUAAGACGUUUUUACCUGGAUUUUCAUUCUAAUCUUGGAGAUCACAGACUAAUCCUGGAUGCAUUAUGCCUUUUGUCUUAAUAUGAUUGAUAUUAUGAUUUAUGUGGUUUAUCAAAGUUAAGAAUUAAUUGUGAAAUGUCUUGUUUCAUUUUGUCUUAUUGAUUUCCAGUUGAUGAUGCUCCUACAACCUUGCAUGACCCAUCAUUGAUAUAUUGUAUUCAAAGCAAUCACGUAUUCUUGUUUCUCAGAAUUGCAUGUUUUUCUAGGAUAUCAACAAUCGGUUUAGUAUUGACCACGGCUAGUUACUUUUCUGGGUUUUGGUUAUGUUAUAUGUUGUUCAAAAUGGAUGUUGAGGUUUAAGACACAAACGGGUAGAAGCACCCCCCAGGUGGUGAACCAUAGCUGAGCUUUGGCACUUGCCUGACUUGAUUAAUCCUUGGGGGGAAUACUGUUGUUGCCUUGGUGCGAAUCCUAAUGUGCUACUAGUGUUUUGGAUGACUUCUAGGACUUUAAUGGGUGGAUUAGAACUUCCCUACGAACCCACGGUUGACCAAUUGAGCCAAGAAUUCAGAGCUUGGUAGUUGUUUUAUCUUAGUUUAUGCCUUCCAUGGUUUCAAAAUCAAUUAUGGUUUUCAAUGUAUUGUGUGGGUGAGGCAUUUGGCAUGGUAAACUCUUGUCUUAUAAUUCUUAAAGUUUGAUUUCUCUUCCUGUUCUGUAUCAAGAUGUGCCUUUGUGAGGGGUGGAUAAUGAAUUGAUAAAUAAAUUGGCUUCCACAUAUAUGUUACUAGUUCUGGAAACGGAGGUUAAUGGAGGUGUUUUUGAUCUCAAAUUUCAUGUAAGAAGGGAGUAUUGAAGAAGAAAGAAAUCUGAGGAUUUUAUAUCGUUACUCCCUUGUUGUAGUAGGUCCGGAGAUAGAUCCAAAUGUUUACAAGGUACCGAAAUAGUCAAUUUGGUUUCACUGCUUUGUUAUUGAACCUCUGAUUUCCAAUCAGGGAUUUAGAGUCAGCUCUGGUUGGGGUCUUUUUGAAGUAGUAGUACUUGGUGCACUGCGUCUUAAAUAGUGAAGGUUGAUUUCUUUCUCUGUUCUCUAUCAAGAUGUGGCUUCUUGAGGAUAAGUGAGAACUGAGAAGUAUGAUCUCCUUCAACCAAGGCUCAUCAGAGACAAGAAUGUACGGGGUUGAGAAGUUUGUUUCUGACUAUGUUACAUGCUAUAUAGUUUUUGGAAUAGGAGUUAACGGGGUGGGGAGUAUGUAUAAGGCUAUCAUGCCGGCGUAGAUCAGGUGUAAACUAUAAAGAGGAGUAAUGUGCAUCGUUGAUCUCUAGUUUUUCUUACCGAAGGAAAACUCCAAUCAUGAAGAAGAUGGCAUCAUAAAAUUGUUGAGGAUUGUACUUUGCGGGAAUGGUAUAUGAGUCUGUUCUAUAUCACGUCACAGGCGAUCCUUGUUACCCUAUUGGCAAGCCUUUUCUAGGGAGAAUGAAAUUUGAGCCAUGGAUGACUCUUAUUUUACUUUCAGUGCUGCUAAAUUUUGAUUUUUAAAUUUUUGAGUAUCUUCGUCACUAUCUCUGAAAAGGAAUAGCUAAACACUACUCUGGUCAAAUUUUGAUUAACAAGCAGGAAAAAUAGUAAUCAUAAAAUAGGCUUGUUAGCUUCCCAUAUGGAAAUAUAAACAGCUGAGAUUACGCAAAUGAGUCACGCUUGUGUGACUAACGAUUGCCCAGAUGUGAACUUAUUUCUAGAAUAAUAGAACAUGG